CUCUCCCCGUCUCUCUGCAAAAGGGGCUUUGGACGGGGGGAAGCUGCCGUUGGCGGCUGGCCCAGCUGCAGGCAAAGUGGACGCUCGACGGUUGUCUUCCAAACAACCCCUAUAGACCCCAACAUGUGACGUGACCAUGCAACAUUGCAAGGCCCUUAAGCCUUGUCUGUGUUGAGCAGCCUCUGUCUUGAACUGAACUUAUCACCCACCUUUGCUGAUACGAAGGGCCAGACGUUUCUACAAGAGCACCCCAGCUAAAGAAGGAAUGUUCCUUCCAAACAAAAAUGGCUGAAGGGCAGAGCAAGGCAUCCCCCCCUGCCCUGGGUCUCCAGGUCCAGACUUUGCUUGAGGAAAAGGGGGAGAUGGGAAUGAAAGUGGAAGAGGAGGAGGAGCUGAUCAAGAGAGAGGAGGCCUUGCCAGGCCCUCAGUGGGGGACGGCGGGGCAGCCUCUUUGCUGGAGAGAGAUGUCAUUCGUUAAGCAGGAGCCGGAAGAUGGCCUGUCGUCCCUCCGUUGGGAAGCUCAGUGGCAGGAGUUCCUGAAGGCAGUUCAGUGUCCUGGGCUGGGAGAGAGAAUCCCACUUCUUUCACCAGGCAGGAGAGACGCUAAGGCUUCCUUUGAGGAAAUCGCACCCCUCAGCCAUGGAACUGCAGAGGAGAGAGGGAUGGUAUUACAUGCUGCUUUUAACGAAGCAGCUCGUCUAAUUGACCACAGGCAUGAGGCGGGAAGGGACAAUCCCACCCAAGUCUGGGAAAUCAAGAUAGAGGAUGUCAUCAGCUCUGACAUCCAGCGCCAGCAUUUCAGGCAGCUCUGCUACCAAGAUGCCUGGGGCCCUCGAGAAGUUUAUAACCAACUGCGAGAGCUUUGCAUCCAGUGGCUGAAGCCGGAGAGGCACACGAAGGAGCAGAUCCUGGACUUGGUGAUAUUGGAGCAGUUUCUGGCUGUCCUGCCUUCAGAGAUGCAGCACUGGGUGAAGGCGCAUGCUUCCAGAAACUGCUUUGAUGCUGUGACCCUUGCAGAGGAUUUCCUUUUGCAGCACCAAGAGCCUGAGAAACCAGUAUGGGAGGAGCCAGGAAUGUUCAAGGAUACUAUGAAUUUCACAGGGAAAGAAGAGAACUUGCUGGAAAGGGAACAGCAGCAAUUCAAACAAGAGAAUGAAGAAGUCAGGAAUCCACUGGGUGAUGGGGAGCAAUGGAGGAGUGAUGGGGAACCUUUCUCAAUGCCAUCAGGAAGAGGAACAGGUUCAGAGCCAGAAGUCCAACCUGGAACCCCAAGCGAGCUAGAGGAGGGUCAAAAAUACAAAAUGGAGAAAUGGGGGAGUAGAUAUGCCUCUUGCCAGGAUGGUGACAUUUUGGGGGAUUCAGUCCAACGAGGAAUGCUCAGAAGGAAGAGAAGCGGCAGAGUUGGGGACAGCGAAAAGCUUUUCAAAGACAGAUCCAUCCUUACAAGAACUCACUCAGGAGAGAAACCUCAUGAGUGUUCAGUGUGUGGGAAAAUAUUCCGACGACGUUCAGAUCUCAACAGCCACCAGCGAACCCACACGGGAGAGAAGCCGUACGUGUGUGUGAAUUGUGGGAAGCGUUUCAACCGGAGCACAAACCUGAUUUCCCAUCAGAGAAUUCACACGGGGGAGAAACCCUAUAAGUGCGCAGACUGUGGCAAAACCUUCUCUCACAAAUCUGGCCUCAUAAGGCAUCAGAGAACCCACACGGGAGAGAAACCAUAUGCGUGUUUAGAGUGCGGGAAAAGCUUCAGCCAAAGACAGCAUCUGAUCACGCACCAGCGCAACCACACGGGGGAAAGGCCCUUUUCAUGCCCCGAGUGUGGGAAAAGCUUCAACCAGAGCCAGCACCUUAUUACUCACCAGCGCAAUCACACAGGGGAGAAGCCCUUUGCAUGCUCGCAGUGUAGCAAAAGCUUCUGCGAUAAAUCCACCCUCAUCAGACACCAAAGGAGUCACAUUGGGAAAAAGCCUUUUAAGUGCUCAGAGUGCGAGGAAAGCUUUUAUCAGAGUAAACACCUUCUCAGGCACCAGAGGAUUCACACCCAGCCGCUAGCACUCUAAUUCAACUGUUUGCAGUCCUCCAGGCAUGGCAAAUGAUAAUUCCUGGGCUGGUGGGGAAUUAUGGGAGUAAAGAUCCACCACAUCUGGGCU